UAAGUUUAGGAGUAGCUAUUUAUAUAUUAUUUUUCUUCACAGCCUCAUGACUCAAUGACAGGCAUGCUAGUUCUUUCUUUUUAUACCACCAAAAGAAGUGGCUUUUUUUCUUGGGUCUGACACAAAGAUUUUCGAUGAAUGGGAUUCUCGCAUGGAGAGAAAGCAAGAAGAGUUGGGGUUGCAAUUUGAAGAUCAACUUAAACAAAAAGAAAUAAACCCAAUUGAGGUUCUGUUUUUCUAGUAGCACUACCAGCCAGCAUAAGCCGCCUUCAGCAUCUGGGUUUAUCUGGUACUUGUGAUAUUUGAUAUACAAUGACAAUGAGGGGAGCAAAAGCUGCUCUCUGUUUCAUGGCAUUUCUGUGGUCUUGGACGUAUGGAAAUGGAUUGCUUUCUCCCAAAGGUGUAAACUUUGAAGUUCAAGCUUUAAUGGACAUAAAGGAAUCUCUGGUGGAUCCUCAUGGUGUGUUAGAUAAUUGGGAUGACGACUCUGUUGAUCCAUGUAGCUGGACAAUGGUCACUUGCUCUCCUGAAAGCCUGGUUAUUGGCCUAGGCACACCUAGCCAAAGUUUAUCUGGCACCCUUUCUCCAAGUAUUGGCAACUUGACAAAUCUUCAGAUUGUGCUCUUACAGAACAACAACAUAACCGGAGCAAUCCCUCGGGAUAUUGAGAGGCUCUCAAAGCUUCAUACACUUGAUAUUUCCAACAACUUCUUCACUGGGGAAAUUCCCUCCUCUCUUGGCCACCUGAAAAGCCUUCAAUACUUGAGGCUUAACAAUAACAGUCUCACCGGAGCAUUUCCCGUGUCGUUGGCUAACAUGAGCCAGCUUGCCUUUCUGGACUUAUCCUACAAUAACCUGAGUGGCCCUGUGCCUAGAUUUGCUGCCAAAACGUUCAACAUAAUUGGAAAUCCUCUGAUAUGUGCAACGGGGGCUGAAGCAGAUUGCAAUGGGACGACACUGAUGCCAAUGUCCAUGAACCUGAAUAGUACACAAACUACUCUUCCUGGAAGACCUAGAAGUCACAAAAUAGCGCUUGUGUUUGGUUUGAGCCUUGGGUGCCUCUGCCUCAUUGUUCUUGGAUUUGGAGUAGUUAUAUGGUGGAGGCAAAGGCGCAACCAACAGGCAUUUUUUGAUGUUAAAGACAGGCACCAUGAGGAAAUUUCCCUUGGGAACUUGAAGAGAUUCCAUUUCAGAGAACUUCAGAUUGCAACACACAACUUCAGCAGCAAGAACAUACUAGGAAAGGGUGGCUUUGGACAUGUGUACAAAGGAACGCUCCCAGAUGGAACUUUUGUGGCAGUCAAGAGGCUUAAAGAUGGUAGUGCACUUGGUGGAGAGAUUCAAUUCCAGACUGAAGUUGAAAUGAUCAGCCUAGCUGUUCACCGCAACCUUCUCAGGCUAUAUGGUUUUUGCAUCACGCCAACAGAAAGACUUCUAGUUUAUCCAUACAUGUCCAACGGCAGUGUUGCUUCCCGUCUCAAAGGGAAACCAGUCUUGGAUUGGGGCACUAGGAAGCGGAUUGCCUUGGGAGCUGGAAGAGGAUUAUUGUACCUUCACGAGCAGUGUGACCCAAAGAUAAUUCACAGGGAUGUGAAGGCUGCAAAUAUACUUCUGGAUGACUACUGUGAAGCUGUGGUGGGAGAUUUUGGGUUGGCAAAGCUUCUGGAUCACCAAGAUUCACAUGUCACCACAGCUGUGAGGGGUACCGUGGGGCAUAUAGCCCCUGAGUAUCUUUCUACAGGACAGUCCUCUGAGAAAACAGAUGUCUUUGGAUUUGGGAUCCUUCUACUUGAACUAAUCACAGGCCAGAGAGCACUAGAAUUUGGCAAGGCAACUAACCAGAAAGGAGCCAUACUUGAUUGGGUUAAAAAGAUUCAUCAGGAAAAGAAGCUUGAGGUGCUUGUGGACAAGGAUCUCAAAACCAACUAUGACCGGAUUGAGCUUGAGGAAAUGGUUCAAGUAGCACUCUUGUGCACUCAGUACCUUCCUGGCCAUAGACCCAAAAUGUCUGAAGUGGUAAGGAUGCUUGAAGGUGAUGGACUUGUGGAAAGAUGGGAAGCCUCUCAAAGAGUUGAAUCAACAAAGAGCAAAGCCCCUGAGUUUUCAUCCUCAGACCGAUACUCUGAUCUCACUGACGACUCUUCAUUAUUAGUGCAAGCAAUGGAACUCUCUGGUCCAAGGUGAUUUCCUACUUGAAAAAUUUAUGCUUUAAAAGAAAGCAUAUCAUAGCAACAAGUUAUAGUUGAAGCUAUUAGGUUACAUGGAUAUUAAGAGUUUGUGUUGUAUAUUAGCAGGGUGUCAGAGCUUAAAAAAUUUUGAUGUUUUUUUUUU